GUUCCUCUGUGACUAGUCUGGGAACGUGGCUUCCUCUCUUCGACCUCAUUUCCUUCAAAAAGUCGAUUUUGAUUUCAUUCUCUCCCCGUCAUCUUAUCUUUGCUGUGCGGGGUCGUACGGCGCUUAUCACCCUGUUAGUGCCAACCGACCCUGCCAGCUGAAGUUCGGAAGGUGGCUGCAGUUCGCACCUUACAAAAUUCAGUGCCAUUUCAUGACGUCAUUGUGUCAUGCACCGAACCGAUGCUACGUGAUGACGAGAUUCGCUUUUCUCACGGCACAUCCUGGUUGGGGGUUAUGAGCCUCAUGGCGAUAUCGAGACGGUGGACUGCCCAAUGCCAUGCUAUAGAAACGCUGAAGAACAUUUUGAUGUGAACAACGUAAUUAAUUAAGCUAUCGGAGCGGCCAUUUCGGACGCGUCGAGAGUAUCAAGUUGAAGAUACAUUUUAUUAAGCUACUUACAUUUAUUGGACAUAUUCAUCUUACGUUCGGGUGACAUGCUCAGCGAUACCCGAGAAGCGUCCUUAUCAGCGGUCUUAUCACCGAUAGUGGGGUUAACCGUUACGAUGUCCGGCCUUCAGUAUCUCGCCCCCCAGGCAACUGUGCAUGUUAGAGGGAAGGAGACUCAUAAAUUCCCUAUUAACCCACGUAUUUUCUGAAAGCGAAACUUGAGUGCAGUGAAGUGGUGUUGGCAGCGGAAAUGUGGCGGCAGGCGAUCGCGGUGGCACUGGCCGUGUUGUGCCACAGUGCACGCGCCCAGGUUGUCACUGUCGACACCAACGCCUACAAAGGCUUGGUCGUAAGCAUCAGUGAAAAGUUAAACGAGCUACUGUGUGAUGAAUACAUCAGUGGCAUUAGGAACAUGUUCACGGACGGGUCAACGCUCCUCCACUCAGCGACGGGUGGCAAUCUCUACUUCGGCGAGGUGACCAUCGUGGUUCCUGAGGCAUGGGCGUGUCAGGGGGUCGCAGGGUCCUCGAACGUGGCGUGGGACCAAGCGAACCUGCGGGUGGGUCCUGUGCACUCCGUCUUCGGACAAAACCCGUGGACUCAGCAACCGCGGGGCUGCGGAGAACCUGGGGAUUUCAUGUAUUUUCCCGAGUCGUUCCUUCUCGAAAAUUCUACGCUAGGAUCUAAAGGCAGCGUGUUGGUGCACGAGUGGGCCAAGUAUCGCUGGGGUGUUUUCGAGGAAUACGGACACAGAGGCGACCCUAUCUUCCCUUCCGCCACCAGGUCAUACGAUGCUAACGAGACGCUGAGACACACCUACUGCACGGACGGCGAUGUGGCGGGGAAUUUUUAUCAGUGUGAAGGCGAUAACCUCGAUUCCUGUUACUUCAUACCCAGUGCCGACGAGACAACAGGAGUCACCUCUUCUCUCCUCGCCACACCUUUCCUAGGUUCUGUAGUAAACUUCUGCACCGACGAAAACCAUGUGGCCGAUGUUCCUACCAAACAUAACCUCCUGUGCGAGAAAAGGAGCACUUGGGAUGUUAUAAAGGAUCAUUCAGAUAUUGCUAGCACGUUUCCGGCUGCUUCAUCUCCACCGAGCUUCACUGUGAAACAGUUAACGGCACAGACGACAGGAGACAAACUUGUAUUCCUCUUAGACGUCACCGCACCGAUGGGAAAUGGUGCAGACACAUGGAAUUAUCUGCGUGAUGCGGUGAAGCAAUUCAUCUUAGCUGAGGCAACGGAUGGAAUGCAGGUGGGCCUCGUGAGCUUCGCAGACUCUGCAACUACAAUUUCAGAACUCGUCACGCUUGAUGAUGGAAGCAGGGGACCACUGGCAGAUAAAGUGCCUAAUACACCUCAAAACGUUCAGACCAAGAAUGUGGCUGGAGGAAUAUCUAAAGCUAAAGAGGUGUUAGGUGCAGAAGGUAUGGUGAUACUGGUGACUGAGAACAUGAAGUCACACUCAGAGGACCUGGUUGCAGCUGCUGGUGGCACUCCUGUGUGGCCCAUACUGUAUCCUCAUCUCAUAGGGGUUUCCUACGACAGUUAUCAGGACCUUGCCGAUGCCGGUGGCGUGUCUGUGUUCCCUGUUGAAGAUAAACUAGUUGAUGUUGGAGUAGGUUCGAUUCAGUCUGUUGACAACCGUGUGGCUCUUACCCGUUGUUUCCUGGAUAUCCAAUAUGCAACACAAGGCAAUUCGAUGCAGGAGAUUGUCAGUAGUUCAUGCUCCGGCACAGAUUGCCAGAUGAGCCUAGAAGUACCGACGAAUACCAACUAUGAAGAGACCUUUAACAUCGAAAUUUAUUUUUGUGAUACCGAUGGCUCAAACCUCGAAACAACAGUACGAGACCCCAUGGGCACUGUCAUUGGUAAUUCAUAUGAACAAGAUACGAGCAUAGUAUACAGAGGGACUGGAUUGCAGGCUGGUACCUACACUGUAGAAGUAUCCAAAAAGUUAGAUGCAAUGGAUGUGAAGUCCUCUCUACUGGCGACCAAGCAAGCAGAGUCAGGUGGAUACGCUAUUAAGCUUUGGUCAUCCCUUGACCUCCAACACUUGGAAUACACGCUAAACUCUGCCCCAACGCUCUUUGCAAUGGUGGGCGACGGUGACAGCCACGUGGUGUAUGCGAGGGUCACUGCUACAGUAACGGACUCGAGCCAGAACACCGCCGUCCUGGUCAUGCGUGAUGAUGGUACAGGAGCCGAUGUUACGGGAAACGAUGGCGUGUAUUCAGCCUACCUAAUAGGCCUCUCUCAGACUGGAAGUGUCAGCGUCCAGGUUGCAGCGAAUGACUACGGUGGUGCAGCCAAACUCGUGAUGACAAGCAAACGCGCAGCUCCGGUAGACGUCAACGGUCAGGCCUGCUGUGGGAGCCAGGUCACCUUCCUGAAUGACCUGCCUUCUGCCGGCACCUUCACCGUCACUUCGGAUGACGCAGGUGAAGUGACCGGAACAAUACCUACGAACUUCCCUCCCGGCAGAGUCACGGAUCUCAAAUCAUCUCUCACCUCAAGUCAGGUCACUUUAACCUUCACGGCUCCAGGGGAUGAGCUCGAUCAGGGCACAGCCGAAGCCUACCUCGUGACGUACUCCGUCGAAGGGAGUGACCAGGGGGCGGUGGGGCAGGACGUGGCGCCCGUGGAAGCAGGAGCCCUGGUCAGCACCACCUUCCCUGCCCCGGACUGCGGGCACCUGACCUUCCUGACGGAGAAUCCCAACAGCCCUCCUUUGUCGUCCACGGAACGCCCUACUCCGUCGUCCUUCUUCAGCUCGAAGGAAACCCCAACGGCCUCGAUCACAGCAUCAACCACCACUCAGUCAGGAGACAACUGCUCCUGCGUGUCCACCGAGACCUUAGUCGGCGUCGUGAUCGGGAGCGUCGUGGGCAGCAUCCUCGCCGUCCUGCUCGUGGAGCUCCUCGUCUACGUCCUCGUCAAGCUGUGCCAACGCCGUCGCUGGAAGAAACGCCAAAGACAGAGGGAAGUCGUGAGAUCCACGCGCGGCGCUGAAAACCCGGCCUUGGCCCAAGCAGAUGCAGGAGGGAACUAUGAGAGCAGGCUUGGUGAACAAAGGAGGCGACGCAAUGAUGCAACUCCGACGAACGACCAGGGGGAAGUUGCCAGCACAGUCCCCACGCCCUUGCCAUAUUUAGGACAAUCAACCACAUCCAUCAAUCAAGCUGGACAUCCAAUCUUGCCAAGUCGCGGCAACCAGCGUCCUCUUCCUCGGGGCUAUAACAGUAAUCAAGAUCAGUAUGCCAAUCCUAGCACAGUCUCACACCGGAACAACUCCCGUGACAAUGUACAGCACAACCAAUUUUAUGAUCAGCCAUACGCUCAGCAAUACAGUCAGUAUAAUUACAGACCCCAGAAUCAAGACAGAAAGGCUUACACACCGAAUGAGUAUAUCUAAGCAAUGCCAGUUUUUGGAUUUUUUUUUUCUGUAUCAGUAAAGCAGUUCGGAACCAAAUUUAAACUACGGUUUUUAUAUCUGUAUAUUUGACUUCUUAAAAACGGAAUUUAUGUGUUGAAAAUAUGUUUUAAUAGAUUUGGUAUGACCGUCAAGAUU